CCUGCCGUGUUGGAUGUAAACAUGAUUCACGGUCCAAAAAUAGCAACAAGAGUAGGCGAAGAACAGAGAUUGUGUGGGACUUAUCUUGGCGAUAAAGAAUUUCGUUCAUCUUCUAAGCUGCAGCAAGACUUGGGCAACAUAAGAACCGUCAAACACUUGAGCAAGAUGUCGGUGGCAGUCGAAAAUCUGAGUGGAAGGACUUUGUCAGGAUCGGAGGACUUGGAUCUUCUCUUCAAUGAAAAAGAUGGCAUUCUGUCUGAACUCACGUUCAACAAUACAGAUGAACCUUUGCUCUAUGACCAAGACUUCCCACCUGUGAGUGAUGACAUCUUCUCUAAUCUUCUCAACACGGACUUUGACCUCUCAGCUGUCCCAAAGAAUUCCUACGACCAACCUGUUGCCUCCCCCGAACACAGUGAUAGUGGCAUUUCUGAUGGCAUCAAUUCCCCUCAGUACCAGAGCGACAGCCAAUCAGGUGACAGCCCUCCACGCAUUGACGAAUUGGAAGAAGUGAUAAUGGAUUCAGCAGAUAUGUCGAGUUACCUGAUUGGCUCAGAUGAAAUGCUCAUGGAACAGACAACCAUUGAUAAAUCAGAUUUAAUUGAAUCAGGUGGCUUUGAUUGGGAUCUCAAACUUACCUCAACCGAAGCCAAGAAAGCCACUUUACCUUUGACGGUGCAAGACAUCAAAACGAUUAGUGCUACAACGGCAACAAGAACCAUAUCAACAACAGACUCGAGUUACCCCAAACUUAGACUGACAGAUGAGGAGAAGAGGUUACUAGCAGAAAUGAACAUCACCCUACCAACAGAUAUGCCUUUGACAAAGGAUGAGGAGAGGGCACUCAAGACAGUGCGACGCAAAAUUCGUAACAAGAUCUCGGCCAUGGACAGUCGUAAGCGCAAGAAGGUGUACGUGGACAAUUUGGAACAACGUGUGCAACUCUGUACAAAACAGAACCUUGAGAUGCAGAAGAAAAUGGCCAAGCUGGAGAAUGAAAACAAAUCUCUGAUGGAGCAGCUGAAGAAACUACAAGCCUUGGUUAGCAAGACAACGACCAAAGCAGCGCAUGCCAGCACCUGUGUCAUGGUGUUGCUGCUAUCAUUUGCAUUACUGAUCGCUCCAAGCUUCAACCCCUUUGGUAAAUCCAAAGACAGCCAGAUGUCUGCGGGAUACCAACCAUCAGGAGUUGUGUCAAGAACACUGAAGCAAACCGAUAUGCCCACCGAAGAGCCCUACAGUAUCAGCACAGAGCCUAGUGUCAUGGCUGACAACCAACUCGAUGAAGAUGAACCAAUCACAUUUGGCCGCUUUGCCAAGCCAUCCUACACAAAGCAAUCAGAGGUCCCAUCAGCCAGUCAAGAAGCGGGAGAUCGUUUGAAUGCAGAUUCAAAUGCCCCGUCAGCCCAUGAUGCUGCUGCCUCUCAGCUGUCGCAAGAUCCUGGGAAACCAGCGGAGGUAAAAGAAACCAGCAGGAACCAGUCAAGCACAGAUACCAGGCACAACAACCCGAAGCUCCAACGGCAAGUGACAAAAACUAUCCAGCAUGGAGACGAAAUGUAAAUAUACGACAUCUUCUGUGGUACCUGUUUUUUAAACAAAAAGUUCCAAGUCACAAUCUUAAGGCAUGACCUUUUUAAAAUUAAUUUGAAUCAUUGUGAAGUUAUUAGGAGUCAUGAUAGCAUUUGUGUGUGGGAUAUGCCUUUCAGAAGCUAUCUCGGUACAUGGAAAAUGUUGACUUUAGUGCAUGGAAAGAAGAUAUUGCGUAGGAUAUGAAAAUUUGUGUUAGGCAAAAGAUGUCAGAUUUUGAUGGGGGGUCCCAAUUUCAAAAAGAACUUUCUGGUCCGUUCUCUUUGUGUUUUGUGUGUUCUUUUCAUUGAAUAUACAAUCCAAAGGAGGUUGGUUGAAAGAAAACAGGUCUCGGUAAAUGGGCAAGAUAUUUCAACCAUUUAUUCUGUUAGUUUCUUUUUAUUUUUUGAAAAAUUAUUCAAUGACCAUGUAAUUUGCAUGUAAAUCUACAUGCAAAAGAUUAUUGACAGAUAUCUGUUAUGCCUGUACAUUAUUUGAAAUUGUUCAAAUUAACAAAGAAAUGCACAAAAUUGAAAAGGAGUAGGAAACUAACGAGUCCAUAAAAUCAAUUCACAAGUGAAGAAAUUACUUUUCUAUUUUUCUAUUUUCAUUUCAAAAUAAAUCCUACCUUAGUUCUCUUUCAACCUCCCCUUUAUAACAAGAAUACCUCAAACCAUUUUUUUCUGAAUAAAAAAAUUUCACGUCCUAUCAACCCGUAACCCCUCCUAAUCACACCUAUUAUUUCUCAAAGUUAAAUGUUAUGAAGAUUAUUCUUUAGGAUUUACACAAGAACUGUUUUUAUAUAUACUGGUAUAGAAAACAUGAUCAACAGAUGAGUUGAUUAGUGUUUAGCAAAGCUGCCUUUAAUCCAAUCGUUUAGUCCCAGAAACAACAGUUGAUUGCAAAAGUUCCCAAAUACUUCAUGUUUUAAGUAAACCUGAAUAUCUACAAAGAUAUUUAUUUCUGAAAACUAUUGUUGGAAUUGUUUUUAGUUUAGUGUUUUGAAAUCAAAUGGAAUAGGUUUAAAGAAGCUAUUAUUAUCUUUCAAGCAGUUGUAAAAUAUUUUUGUAUGGUUAUGUGCAGUGUUUAACAUAAAUAUGUACAGUUUAUCAGUAAAAGAAUUUUACUGAGUUAAUCCAGCGUCAGAUGGAAGAAGAUAAUGUAAGUAUUAGUUUAAAAUGAACGCCCGGAAUCCUUAGAAGACUCACAUUUUCGGUUUGUAUAUAUCUUGAUAAAUAAAAGAAGGUGUACAAUGAAUGCUAA